CAACACCACUCUGACGUUCUCGUCCAAGAGCUCUGAUCGUGGUUCCGUGUGCCGAAGAUGAGUAGCCCGGCCCGGCCGUUACACUAGCCUGAGUCAGGCCCGAUGGGGCCGACGCCGCCUCCCAGAGGGGAAUGUGGGGAAUGUGAGCCGGCGGCGAGCCCCGCGAGACGGACACCUUGUCUCUCUCUUUAUUUCUCUCGCUCCCUCCUUCCCAUGUUGUCCACCUUCUUCUGCUGUCUCUGUAUCCAGAAGCUCCAGUGCUGGUUGACCUCAAGCGUUUGUGUCCAUGUUUUAUUUUGACUCUUGGGUUUGUUGUUUUGAUUUUUUUGUCCAAUCCCCCCCACCCCCUCUCUCUCUCUCUCUGCUACAGCUGCAGCUUGUGUGUGAUUGAGUUCAGUCCUGGUUGCUCCGGCAUGCCGGCGGGAUCUGUAUCACGCACACACACACACACACACACACACACACACACACACACAAUCUCACGUUCCCAUCCACUCUUUCUCUCGCUCUCCCUCUGUCUCUCUCUCUCCACACACACACAACAUCCACGCACAGGAUGCUAAGAGGACGCCUAGCGCUGCCUAAAGCUAAACUUCGGUUGCCAUAGCGACGGGCUGAUGGUUGAUGCAGUGAGACGUCGUCAUCUCUCAAACGUUUGUACUGUGAUGUUCUCCACUGGCCGGAUCAGACUGUUGUUAAAACUGUUGUUCUUCUCUGUAUCUGAUGUCCUGUGUGCUAUUAGUGAUGCAGCCAUUGGGGUUUGUCUUGUCGUGUUGCGCAACACUGCCAAACGAUCGCCCCUCCCCCCCCACGGGAAAAGCGGCCAUGCUUGAUUUGGCAUGGUUCAUGACCCAAAUGUGUCCAGUCCAGGCAAGAUCCCGGAAGAGGCCAAGGCCUUGUCCCUUCUGGCCCCGGUCACGCCGGCGCCCACGCUCAUUCCCGGCGGAGGCUUGCUCCCGAUUCCCACACCUGCCCCGCUGCAGAACCUCAGUCUGUCCCUGAUGAACCGCUUGCCCGCCAACCUGGACCCCGCCCCGUUGGCCAGCUCGCAGCCUCCCAUCAUGGGCAACGUGGACCCAUCCAAGAUCGACGAGAUCCGUAGGACCGUCUACGUGGGCAACCUGAACUCACAGACCACCACAGCGGACCAGCUGCUGGAGUUCUUCAGGCAGGUGGGGGAGGUCAAGUUUGUGCGGAUGGCAGGAGACGAGACUCAGCCCACAAGAUUCGCCUUCGUGGAGUUUGUGGAUCAGGAUGCCGUCGCCCGAGCGCUGACCUUCAACGGGGUCAUGUUCGGAGACCGACCGCUCAAGGUCAACCACUCCAACAACGCUAUUGUCAAGCCCCCGGAGCUGACGCCGCAGGCCGCCGCCAAGGAGCUGGAGAGCGUCAUGAAGCGGGUCAGAGAGGCCCAGUCCACCAUCGCUGCCGCCAUCGAGCCAGCUGACAAAGACAAGAGGUACACCGCCCGCUCCAGGAGGUCCCGCAGGUCCCGCUCACGAUCCAGGUCCGGCUCUCGCUCAAGGUUACACAGGAAACGGUCCCGCUCAAAACAUCGGUCGUCACAGAAGAAGCCUGGGCCCAAGGGCGACGGCCAUAGUUCCAGAAACACCCACAGGAGGCGCUCUCACUCAAGAGACAGGAGGCACAGCCGGAGCCGAUCGAGGGGUCACCGGAGGCGGAGUAAGUCCAGGACUCCUCCACGAAGAGCCAAGUCUCCGUCCCAGAAAAGGGGGAAGAAGGAGCGGCGGCGGGAGCGCAGCAGGGACCGGCGAGAGCGCUCCACGUCCCGGAAGAGGAGCCGGCGAGACGAGGACAAGACCCGGUCCAGAAUCAAGCCUCUAAAGGUGAGUCGGGACCAGGGGCGGGUCAGGAAGCACCUGGACAGCGGCAGAGAGGACUCGGCCGGCGAGGACGUGACAUCCUCACCAUGCGCACAGCUCAACGGCAGCUAGUGGACUCACGCAAAGGACACGCCCUCUGACCCUGCUGGGACGGAGUCUUGGAAGAUACUUCUUCCUCUUCGUCAUCGUCAUCUUCAUUUUUAACAUUUCCAUCACGCGCUUGAUGAGCGGUUUCUGGUGAAAGAGUUAACUCAAAGUGUGCAGGUAAGAGUCCACUCGAACACUGUGACGCUCACGUGACGUUCUCUCUGCCAGGUAUUUAUCGUGAGGUGGCGUUGUAACCCGAACCUUUAUCACAUCAAUGGUGGGAGUGACGCCCCCUUGUGUUUGUUAAACACGUCCUAGUUUUCUAUUUAUUUUUAUAUUCACCUGUAAUAUUCAGCCAUUCAUCGCCAAAGCUAGCUUGUCAAAUGCUGCACAGUUAGCGCAUCAUUUCUAACAGCUUGUUAUUCGUAACAUGGUGAAAUGUCUCAGUAUAGCAACUAACCAAGUAUAGCAACUAAAAACGACACGUUAGCUUAGCAUUGUUAUGCUAUUGCCUUGUGUUUGAUCAGUGGAGAGGCAGCCCCUCACCUGGUGACCGAGACGGCGUGUAUUGAGUUGGUUUUUGUGUUUUGUUUGCGUCCACGUCAUUCAACUGUACCAUUAGCACUACAUGCUAACCUGGCUGUUAUUCUCACUCGACAAAAACAUACUUUUUAAAGCCAUUAUCACCGCUGAAACUGUAGGUGGCGCUCCAUUUUGUUAUUUUUGAAGGUGCUUUUAAGCUCUCGCAGAAAAACAAACCAAGAAUGGUACUCCAUUCCCAAAGUUAAUGUUAUGUGUGUUUUUUCCAAGAUGUGAUGUCGACAAUGAUGUGAUCUAGUGGUAUAACGCCAUUCAACGCCAUCUGAAUCAGGCUAGCUAACGUGACUGGCAACUGGCUGUUUGAGUCAACACUAGGGGGCAGCAUCACCAGAACAGUAGCACAAGUUAAAUGGAAACCAUGCAGUUGUAAAGUAAUUCAUCAUCAACGCUGUGGCGAAGCGCUGCGAUAACUGCUAGCUGAAGGUGUUCCUGCUAGCAAGUGGCUUUGGGUUGGUUUAACACUCUCUGCUAACGGCUGCUUCUGAAGUGUUAGCGUUAGCGCGCCGUGUGUUGCAGACGUAGUUCACCCCAACACGUAGCCGACGCCCCAAACUUGUCUGAACUGAAAUCUGUUACUGCGAGAAUGGACUCAGCUCGUGAGACUUGCCUCGAGUCUUUCAGUGACGUUGUCUUUCUCACCAGUGCUGCUUCAAUAAAGAGUUUUUAUCUCAA